AUGUUUGGGGUUACACUGCCGAAACUCGACCAGGAGACCGAGGCGGAGGGGUAUUAUCAAUGGCACAUCAAGACCUACCGGGACCUGGAAGAGCGAAUUGAAGGACCAGUCUUCGAGGUUGGAGAGCACAAAUGGAAAAUCCUUCUGUUUCCCUACGGCAACAAGAGCGCAAGUGCGACGGACCACCUCUCGGCCUACGUGGAUUACGUCCGCACCCCCGAUACGCCGUCGCAAAACAGACACGCUUGUGCAGUCUUCUCUAUUGUAGCCCACAACGUCAAUGAUCCGUCUGUGUAUCUCUCUCAACACGCCAGACACCGUUUCAGCCCACAAGAAAACGAUUGGGGGUUUACCCGCUUUGUGCACCUCCGCAGCGCAUUCUCGGAAAACUGGGAAGACAAGGACCGGCCAUUAGUUGAGAACGAUGAGAUCGUCAUCAGUGCGUACAUCAGAAUCUUCAAGGAUCCAACGGGAGUGCUGUGGCACAACUUCGUUGAUUAUGAUUCGAAGAAGGAGACUGGGUAUGUAGGGUUGAAGAACCAGGGUGCAACAUGUUACAUGAACUCAUUGUUGCAGUCGCUGUAUUACACCAACUACUUCAGAAAGGCGGUAUACCAGAUCCCGACAGAGAAUGAUGACCCACAUAACUCCAUCACUCUCGCUCUUCAACGAAUCUUCUACCAACUCCAGACUGCCGAUGAUGCGGUCGGUACCCUCGAUCUCACGAAAUCCUUCGGUUGGGAUUCGAUGGACGCUUUCAUGCAACACGAUGUCCAGGAGUUCAACCGUGUCCUCCAAGACAACCUUGAAGGCAAGAUGAAAAACACCAAGGCUGACGGUGCCCUCAACAAGCUCUUUGUCGGUAAGAUGAAGUCUUAUAUCAAGUGUGUCGAUGUCGACUACGAGUCUUCACGGACGGAGGAUUUCUGGGAUAUUCAGCUCAACGUGAAGGGCAUGAAGAACUUGCAGGACUCGUUCAAGGAUUACAUUCAGGUCGAAACCUUGGAUGGCGACAACAAAUACUUCGCCGAGGGAUUUGGCUUGCAGGAUGCGAAGAAGGGUGUUAUCUUCCAGAGUUUCCCACCUGUGUUGCACUUGCAGCUCAAGAGAUUCGAGUACGAUAUGAUGAGGGAUGCCAUGGUCAAGAUUAACGACCGCCACGAGUUCCCGUUGGAAAUCGAUUUGGAGCCUUACCUCGCGGAGGAUGCGGACAGAUCUCAGCCGCAUAUCUACAAGCUUCACGGUGUUCUGGUUCACAGUGGUGAUCUCCACGGUGGUCACUACUAUGCGCUGAUUAAGCCGGAAAAGGAAAGUGGAUGGUUCAAGUACGAUGAUGACCGCGUCGUGCGUGCAACCCUAAAGGAAGUUCUGGAGGAAAACUUUGGAGGCGAGGCCCCGCCAACCACGAACGGCUUUGGCGUCCGCGCUCCUCAGUUCCAGAAAGCUAAUAACCUCAAAUUUAUGAACGCGUACAUGUUGGUUUAUGUCCGCGAGUGCAUGAUCGAUGAGAUUUUGGCACCAAUCUCGGAGGAUGAUACCCCGCCUCACAUCAAGGAGCAGCUGGAGAAGGAGCGCAUCGAGUUGGAAAGGCGGAGGAAGGAAAUGGAGGAGAGGCAUCUGUAUAUGUACGCACGUGUUAUCCACACCAAUCAAUACAAGAACCACCAAGGCUUCGAUAUGGGCAGGCUAGAGGCAUCGUUCCCCGAAAACGAUGUGCCUGCUGAUGAGCCGAUUACGAUGCGCAUCCUGAAGUCGAUGACGUUCAGGGAGUUCAGAGAGCAGAUUGCCACGGAGAACGGUGUUGCUCCUGGUCUGGUUAGGUUCUGGAUGAUGGUUAACCGUCAGAACAAGACCUCGCGUCCGGACGUGCCGCUUCCAGCAGCUGCCGAAGACAUGACUAUGGACCAAGUCCGUGAGAAGUACUUCCAGCACCGGACGCCUGAUGUAAAGUUCUUCAUGGAGGUCGCUGACCCGAGCUUCGUGGAGGAUGGUGUCGCACUCUGGCCGAACGAGCAGAACGACGGUAACAUGCUUGUGUUCGUGAAGGAGUUCGACACGGAAGCGCAGACCCUAAAGGGUGCGUGGUAUACAUAUGUUAACCGCAUGGACAAGGUGGGCGAUAUCGCUACCGCCAUUGUAUCUAAGAAGGGUUGGCCAUCGAAUACCCAGGUCAAACUCUUCGAGGAGAUCAAGCCGGGAAUGAUUGAGCCUAUCAAGCCAAAGCAGACGUACCACCAGGCUGAGAUUCAGGACGGUGAUAUCAUCUGUUUCCAGCGCACAUUGCCUGAGAAGCAGCUGGCCGACAUCCAGCAAAGCAGUGGGUACAUCUCUGCUAUUGAAUACUAUGACUUCAUGCUUAAUCGCGUGAGGGUCAUGUUCAAGCCGAGAUAUACUGAUGAUGCGCAGCAGAAAGAGUUCUCUCUUGAUCUCAGCAAGAAGAACCCUUACUCCCUUGUUGCAUCGAAGGUUGCGGAACACCUCGGCGUGGACGCAACACACGUCCGGUUUACUACUUCGAACAGUCAGACUGGUCAACCGAAGUCGGUCGUGAAGCAGGGACCUGGUGUCACGCUGCAGAGCAUGCUUCAACCUUCUUACGUUCAAAACCCAUCUACUCAGCUUUUCUACGAAGUCCUGGAUGUCAGUCUGACGGAGCUUGAGUCGAAGAAGUCGCUCAAGUUCCACUGGCUGUCAGAGGGCGUUACCAAGGAGGAGGUUGUGGAGAUCUUGGUUAUCAAGAACGGUUCGUUGCAGGAUGCUAUUCCUCUGUUAGCCGAGAAGCUCAAACUGUCUGAGGAUCAGGCAUCGAGACUUCGUAUGUACCAGGUACACAACAACAAGCUCUACAAGACCGUAGAGUUGUCAUACCCUGUCGCCUCUGUGCCGGACUACAUCUCGCUGCACGUUGAGGAAAUGCCCGAGGAGGAGAUCCACAUCCAGCCCAAUGAUCGAAAGAUUCCCGUCUUCUCUUUCAGCAAGGAGCCAUCAAGACCUCACGGUCAUCCAUUCAUGUUCGUCAUUAAACAAGGCGAGACAUUUAAGGAGACGAAGGCAAGACUGCUGAAGCGUACCGGCUUCAAGGAGAAGGAGUUUGGGAAGAUCAAGUUUGCUGUCGUGAAGCAGGCUAGCUACUCAAAACCUACAUAUUUGGAGGAUGACGAUGUAUUAUCACAGAUUGCUGACGAGCAGGAUGAUGUUUUGGGUAUGGAUCACGCCGACAAGACUGGCAGGACGCGCUUCAGUGCUUUCGAGAGGGCAUUCCAGAUCAAGGGAUGA